CAACGAUGGACGCGGAGCCGAAGAAGAAGAAGCGCCGAUGCAUCUCCAAGGCCGAGCGCUUGGCGAAGCGUAUGCAAGCAGUAUCGCUGCAAGAAGACGAGAAGCUGACGCAGGUCGAGGCGCUCUGCGCGACCGACUCGAGCCAAGACUGGGACGCUGCCCACCGACUGGCCACGUCGCUGACGACUCGCGCCGCCUUCCUCGCGAUCUUGCUCCAGAAGCAUCAAGCCAAGGCUGCUGCGCACUACACGCGCCGGUGGGAUCCACCCGAGGACCUCUCGCGGCUGCUGGGGAAUGAUCGUGUCUUGGCGGCGUUGCACGCCCAUGCGGCGACGGCCGCGACUUUUCUGAGCGCUUGGCGCGACGCGCCGGUCCCGCCCGCAGCGCUGCGCAAGCUCCUUCUCGCGUUUGUGCUGCCGCGGAUCGAGCGCAAGGAAGACGCGCCGCUUCAGAUCCUGUUACACCAGUUUGCCGCGCUCAAGUGGCGGCUCUUAGAACACGCGCUCGUGACCACGCAGGGCCAGCACCUCGUCAACCAAUUUGCCCAUGUCGUGCGCAGCCUCCACGACGAGCCCAAUAUUGCGCGGCCACUGACUCCUUGGCUCGAAGCUGUCGAUGGGCCCAUCGACAUUCAUCUUCGCGAAUCGGUGCGCAAGCUGGUUGAAGACGUCUUGCAGCGCGUCUGGCCCGACGCGCGCGUCCACCUCUUUGGCUCGUCCGUCACGGGCCUCUGCGCAGAAGAUAGCGACGUGGACCUGUGCGUCGUCGUGCCGUCAUCGCCCGGCCGCUUUGCCGACUCGGUCGCACUCGCGGUCGAUAUGCACGAACACCUUUCGCUCUACCUGCCUUCGCCGCACUCGAUGGUUGUCAAGAACGCGCGCAUCCCCGUCAUCAAGACGCAGCUGCAUGGCCUCGACGUGGACAUUUGUGUCAACAACACAGCCGCGCUCUGGAACUCGCAGCUGCUCGUGGCCUUUCUCCGAGCCUACCCCGCACUGCGCCCGCUCUGCGUGUGCCUUCGGUCGUGGGCCGCGCGCCGGUCGCUGCUCAAGUCGCCGACAUGCGCCCAUUCGCUCUCGCCGUACGCGUUUGUGUUGCUCAUUCUGCACUGGCUCCAGAUGCGCGGGUACCUUCCGUUCGUCGAUGUAUCCUUUGAUGACAGUCUGGUUGUCUCCAUCGCCACGAUCGAUGACGCGAUCGCAUCGGCGCUGGCCGAAGCGCUGCCGCCACCCAAGACGCUCGCGACCGCAGCGGUCCCGUCGCUUCUUGUCGACUUUUUCAUCUUUUACGCGGCCGACUUUGCCUAUGGCACGGACAUUGCGUCGCUCCGGCGCCGCGAUUUGCGCAAGCUCAAGCCCAGCAGCACGCUCCAGCUCGAAGACCCGAUCGAAGUCGACCGCAACCUCGGUGCGUACCUCAACAAGCUCUCGCAGCGUACGCUCCGCAUGGAGUUUGUGCGCGCAUGUGUCUUGUUGCACGAGGCGUUGCAUCCGGAGACGUACGAUGCGCGCGAGGCCGUCGGGAGCCUCUUCUUUGGCCAUCACGCGCGCCUUCCCGCGCCGACAGCGUCGUUUCUCGAAGUCUUGAUCCGGCCGCGCGCGUCGCAUCACUUUGGCUGGAAUAUGGCCGGUGAUGCGAUCGCGUCCGAGGCGUUCACGACGGUCGUCGUCACGACACGGGACGCGUUCCCGAGCCUAGCAGGCGUUGAUGUCGUCGGCGUCGACUGCGAAGGUGUCAACCUCGGCCGGUCCGGGUCGCUCGCCCUCGUCUCGCUUGCGAUCGGGCCGACCGUGUACCUGGUGGACGUGCUCUCGACCCCAUCGCUCCUUGACGCGCUCAAGCCGCUGCUCGAGAGCCCGUCGAUCGUCAAGGUCCUGCACGACUGCCGAAAGGACAGCGACGCACUGCUUCACACGGCGGGCAUUUCGCUAACCCACGUCUUCGACACACAGGUCGCCCAUGCAGUGCUGCACCAGCUGCGCAAGCCCGCUGCGAAGGACGACGGCCGCCAUCUCGUGGGUCCCAGUGGCAGCGCCGUCAUCGCGCUGGACAAUGCCAACCACGAAUGCAUCGCGUACGCUGACGUCUUGAGCCACUACCUGUCGCUGCCGCCGUCGCGCGUCAAGACCAGCGUCAAGGAAGCCAUGACCGGUGAUGACGCCACGUGGACACGCCGGCCUUUCUUGCCCGACCUCAUCGAGUAUGCCGCGAUGGAUGUCGCCUAUCUCAGCGUCUUGUAUCGCAUCAUGGCGCAUGCGCUUGGCCCGCACAUGCCCUUGUGCGACGCGCGUGCGGCCAUGUACCUUGGCUGCCGCGAUUGGUCGUUUGCGUCGACGCUCAACAUGGGCGACAUGGUGCCUGGGUACAUUCAAAACAUUACGUCCAAGUGCGUGUACGUGGCGUUGUCGCCGUCGACGGUCGGGCGUCUCUCGACGAGCGACGCGGUCAAGGCACCGGUAGGCGACGACGUCCAAAAGCUGACCGUGGGCGCCGCGAUCACUGUCAAGGUCGGACAUGACCGCAGCGUGCAGUGGACGAUCUAAACGAACGCCUCGGUUUCAAGGGACCGUGAAAACUCAGCUGGAUUAGGAGGACGAAGAUUUGGACGCUGCGUCGCUGUCGUUAAAUAUUUCUUGAAGUGCGCA